AUGUCGCGAAUCACCCCUUUACGUUCCCUCACCCGCUUGACCACCCGUCAACUCGCCCACAGCAAUGUCAGCGCCGUCGUUCGACCGGCUAUGGCUGUAUCCCAAACGAGGGGGUAUAAGAGGAAUCCUCAACCUAUGAGAGAUGUCAUGACCGGUGAAAUUAUCCAGACACCUGAUUUGGAUGCAUCAUUGUUGAAAAUCACCAAGACGACCUCACCCAAAACUCCUUUACCUCCCUCAAAAUUGGUCUUUGGAAAAACAUUCACAGAUCACAUGUUGACUGUUAAUUGGAACUCUGCUAAUGGAUGGGGUACACCUGAGAUCAAACCUUAUGCUCCACUGGAACUUGAUCCUUCGUCUACUGUAUUCCACUAUGCUUUCACAUUGUUCGAAGGUAUGAAAGCCUACCGACAAGAAGAUGGAACUGUCAGGUUGUUCAGACCAGAUAUGAACAUGGCCAGGAUGAACCGAAGCGCUGCUAGAAUAGCUCUUCCUACUUUCGACGGAGAAGCUUUGAUUGAAUUGAUCAAGAAGCUUGUCGUAUUGGAUUCUGAAUGGAUCCCUAAAGAACCCGGAUAUUCACUUUACAUCCGUCCAACAUUGAUAGGUACCCAGAAUGCUUUGGGUGUAGGUCCAAGUUCAGAUGCUAUGUUAUUCGUCAUCUGUUCACCUGUCGGCCCAUAUUACGCCUCAGGAUUCAAGCCCGUCCAGUUGUUGGCUACUACAAAAUUCGUUAGGGCCGCUCCCGGUGGAACUGGUGGAUACAAGCUCGGUGCGAACUACGCACCCGGUGUCGUACCUCAGGCUGAAGCUGCCAAAGAAGGUUACAGUCAGAAUUUGUGGUUGUUAGGUGAAGAACAUGCUUUGACCGAGGUCGGAACAAUGAAUUUGUUUGUAGCUUUCAAGAAACCUGAUGGGACUGUCGAACUUGUUACUCCACCAUUGGAUGAUGUAGUCUUACCAGGAGUAACUAGAGAUUCUGCUCUGGCCCUUGCUAGAGCCCACGCCAACGGGGACAAGAUCCCUGGCCUUCCCGAAAAACUCGUCGUGUCAGAACGUAAAUUGAUAAUGGCCGAUUUGGUCGAAGCUGAAAAGAACGGUACUUUGGUUGAAGUUUUCGGUACGGGUACAGCUGCGAUCGUUUCUGCUGUUGAUAAGAUCGGAUACGAAGGUAGAGAUAUCGAGAUACCCACCGGACCCGAAGGUUUGGGAUCCAUCGCCAAAGGCUUAUUAGAAAGGAUGACAGCCAUUCAAGUUGGUGAAAUUGAACAUCCUUGGUCUGUCAUUGCUAAUCCCGUCAAAUCGGUAUAA